GUGUUAGACGUCAUGUGAGACGUUAUCUUCCACAUGUUGACGUGGUCGCUGCUGGAGAUCUGUUUGCACAAUUAUAUCCUGUCUGAUAUAUAUUACAUGCCCUUUCGUGACACAAUCACUUCAUUGCUGUUCAUUGCCUCUGCGAAUUACGUGCCUGAAUUCGUAAGAGAAAGUUAGGAUCUGAUUCUACUUUAAUUCAAAAAGAUAGAUUUGUGUGAGAACUUCUCUACAUUUUGUCCAGCUCUAAUAACGCAUGAAAAUGUCGACUAAUAAAUUAGCUCUUCUAAGUGUAUCUGAUAAGACUGGUUUAUUGCCAUUGGCAAAAAAACUGCAUGAGUUUGGAUUAACAUUGAUUGCUUCUGGAGGUACUGCACAGGCAUUGAGAAAUGCUAAUCUACCUGUAAAAGAUGUUUCUGAGGUUACUGGAGCACCUGAAAUGCUUAGUGGGCGUGUGAAAACUCUUCAUCCUGCUAUUCAUGCUGGUAUUCUUGCUAGACUGACCGAUUCUGAUGCUCAAGAUCUUCAGAAACAAAAUUAUGAUCUUAUUCAAGUAGUAGUUUGCAAUCUAUAUCCUUUUGUAAAUACUAUUUCGAAAGAGAAUGUGACAGUUGAAGAUGCAAUAGAAAACAUAGAUAUUGGAGGUGUAACUUUGUUGCGUGCUGCUGCCAAAAACCAUACAAGGGUAACAGUAAUUUGUGACCCCAAUGAUUAUGAAAAGGUUAUUAAUGAGAUGGAUAAAACUGAAGAUAAAGAUACUUCUUUACAGACUAGGCAAACUUUAGCUUUAAAAGCAUUUACUCAUACCGCAGAGUAUGACAACGCUAUCUCAGAUUACUUCCGCAAGCAAUAUAGCUCUGGACUUUCUCAACUCACUCUCCGUUAUGGCAUGAAUCCGCAUCAAAAACCUGCACAGAUAUUUACUACUUUAGAAAAAUUGCCAUUGACUAUAGUGAACGGAUCACCAGGUUUCAUCAAUCUAUGUGAUGCAUUGAAUGGUUAUCAGUUGGUGAAGGAAUUGAAGUCUGCGCUAAAUUUGCCAGCGGCAACUUCUUUCAAACAUGUUAGUCCGGCUGGCGCUGCGGUUGGUGUUCCUUUGGAUAAUGUGCAGGCGAAGCUGUGCCAAGUGGAGGAUCUAUAUCAUCAACUCACUCCUCUAGCGACUGCCUACGCUCGUGCGCGAGGCGCCGAUCGCAUGUCCAGUUUCGGCGAUUUUAUUGCAUUGUCCGACCCGUGUGACGUUAUAACAGCAAAAAUUAUAUUGAGAGAAGUAUCAGAUGGUAUUAUUGCUCCAGGCUAUUCGGAGGAAGCUCUUGAGAUAUUAAAGAAGAAGAAGAAUGGUGGAUAUAAUAUACUUCAAAUUGAUCCUUCUUAUGAACCAUCGGCAUUGGAACGUAAAACUCUGUAUGGUUUGGUCAUGGAACAAAAACGUAACGAUGCUAUUAUUAACAAGUCGACAUUUAAGAAUGUUGUAACGACAAAAUCGAAGGUUUUGUCGGAAGAUGCUAUCCGCGAUCUAAUCGUAGCUACUAUUACUGUCAAAUAUACGCAAAGCAAUUCUGUCUGUUAUGCGAAAGAGGGACAAGUGAUAGGCACUGGUGCAGGACAACAAUCUAGAAUUCAUUGCACUAGGCUUGCUGGAGACAAGGCCGAUAAUUGGUGGCUUCGUCAGCAUCCGAAAGUGAUAGGAAUGAAAUUCAAAAAAGGCGUAAAGAGAGCGGAAAUUUCCAAUGCUAUUGACAAUUAUGUUAAUGGAUCCAUAGGAAAAGAUAUGGAUGAAGCUACAUGGGCCGCCAUGUACGAAGAGAUACCUGAAAAACUAACGGAAAGCAAUAAAACUGAGUGGAUUAGAAAAUUGAAUAAUGUCGUUUUGAGUAGCGAUGCUUUUUUUCCAUUCAGAGACAAUAUUGAUAGAGCUAGACUCAGUGGCGUCAAGUAUAUCGCAAGUCCUGCUGGCUCUACAAAUGAUUCAGCAGUAAUAGAAGCUUGCAAUGAUCAUGAAAUAGUGCUGGUUCACACUGGUUUCCGUUUGUUCCAUCAUUAGAUCUGGAGUACAAAUUAACACUGUUGCUACUUUUAUAUGAUAUAUUUCAAAAAGAAGAUUUCUUUCUAUUAUAAUGUUCCGAUAUAUGAAAAAUACUAUAAAAUAUUUUUGUACUUUUUUACUUUUAAUAUCAAACUUUAUAUAGUAUACGUUAUAUAUUAUUCAUAAACGUUUAUACAAACUGCA